AUGGAUGCUGAUCUUUCACAUCAUCCGAAUAAUUGCCAAGUUUCAUCAAGUUUUUUGGGGUUUACAAGUUACAAGCGAGACUUGUAUAAAUGCAUCAAAGCGAGAGUCAUGAUGAGUCAACAAGAACCAUCACUCGCCGAACCCUUUCCAUACCUCGACCAAGUCCCUCUUUUCAGUACUCAGGGCUCACAGCCUUCUAACCUCAACGAAAUGCCUACAGAGCGACGUGAAAGAAAACAAUGGAGCCCAGCAGAGGACAUCUUGCUCAUUUCGGCUUGGCUAAACACAAGCAAGGACUCUGUGGUUGGCAACGAGCAAAGGUUAGGAGCUUUUUGGCAGAGAGUCUCGUUGUACUAUGCAGAAAACCUGCAUACGGCUGGAAGUGAAGCACGCGAAGCAGGGCAGUGUAAGCAGCGUUGGCAUAAGAUAAAUGACCUCGUAAGCAAAUUUUGUGGAGCUUAUGAGGCAGCAUCAAGAGAGAAAGCUAGUGGGAUAAAUGAAAACGACGUCCUAAAGAUGGCUCACCAAAUUUUUUUCAGUGAUCAUAAGAAAAAAUUCACUCUAGAGCAUGCUUGGAAGGAGUUGCGGAAUGACCAAAAAUGGUCUGAGCUUACCUCAUCAAAAGCCGAUGAAACCAUUAAAAAGAGAAGGGCUGAGGAGGGAUUACCUAAACCAAGUGCAAGACCAGAGGAAGUCAACAAUGGCGAGGGUGGUCAGACAACCAGCCGACCAGGUGGUGUGAAGGCUGCAAAAGCCAACGACAAAAAAAAUAAGGAAAAGGAGUUAGGCCUGUCCCAGUUUCAAAGCAUGUGGACAAUCAAGAAAGAGGACAAUGCAGUGCAAGAGAGACUAUCAAUGCAUCGGCUUCUAGAGAAUCUCAUUGCAAAAGGAGAUACCUUAACUGAGGUUGAAGCAGCUCUCAAGCAGAAGCUGAUAACAGAUAUCUUAUCUACUUAG